CUCACAUCUGCUCCCUCCCCAGACAGCAAGUGAAGAAUCAGGUUGUAGAAAUUGUAUUGGGUUUAGGGUUGGAGCAGGGUGUUUUCAGAAAAAAAAGAAUAGGAGAGGGGGAGGGUUAAAUCGCGAAUUUCUCUGCUUGCUUGAGACCACAGCAGUCGCAAGUCGCAAGUCGCAAGUCCCAACUCAGGUCAGGUGAGGGGUAGGUGAAGUGGGAAGGCGCGCGGAGGGGAGGGGAGGAGAGGAGGAUGGCUGCAGCCGCGGGGAGGAAGGUGGCGGUCGCCGCCGUGCAGUUCGCCUGCACCGACGUCGAGGCGGAGAACGUCGCCACCGCCGAGAGGUUGAUUAGAGAAGCACACAAGAAAGGUGCAAAGAUUGUACUCGUUCAGGAAUUGUUUGAGGGGCACUAUUUCUGCCAAGCUCAAAGACUGGAUUUCUUUCGGCGCGCUAAGCCUUACAAAGGCAAUCCAACUAUUAUAAGGAUGCAACAGCUUGCAAAGGAGCUGGAAGUUGUCAUACCUGUCAGUUUUUUCGAAGAAGCAAACAAUGCACAUUAUAAUUCGGUGGCUAUUAUCGAUGCUGAUGGCGCUGAUCUUGGACUCUAUCGCAAAUCACACAUUCCAGAUGGACCAGGAUAUCAAGAGAAGUUUUAUUUCAACCCCGGUGACACUGGCUUUAAGGCUUUCAAAACCAAGUAUGCCACCAUUGGUGUUGGAAUCUGCUGGGAUCAGUGGUUUCCAGAGUGUGCAAGAGCAAUGGCACUUCUGGGGGCUGAAAUACUGUUUUAUCCCACUGCAAUUGGAUCCGAACCCCAGGAUUGUAACCUGGAUUCCCGUGAACAUUGGAAGCGGGUUAUGCAAGGCCAUGCUGGUGCCAACUUGGUCCCUCUUGUUGCUUCCAACCGGAUUGGCAGAGAAACUGUUGACACUGAGCAUGGCAAGAGCUCGAUAACCUUCUAUGGGAAUUCCUUCAUUGCAGGACCAACCGGAGAAAUAGUGAAGCUUGCUAACGACAAAGACGAGGAAGUGCUGGUGGCAGAGUUUGACUUGGAUGAGAUCAAGUCGAUUAGGCAUGGUUGGGGGAUAUUCAGGGACCGGCGCCCUGAACUAUACAAAGUGCUACUGACGUUGGAUGGCGAGAAACAAUCAUAAACCCCGGUCUCACGCUUAAUAGUGGUAAGGCACAGGCAGGCUCCAGCUCCACAUCAAUGUUAGAUUUUUUUUUUCUCCUUUUUUACCCUGUCCAACGAUGCCAUGCCUGCAUUUGUACAAGCCAUCUGCGCGUGUUCACCAUUUCACAUUCAGCAAAAUAAAUAAUUUUCGUGCAAUGUCAUUCUAUGUCGGGGGAGAAUUUAGAGCUCCAGUU